AUGUUGCUGGCGGUGGGCCGACUGGUGAUGAUGGUGGUCGGCCUCGGCGGCUCUGUGUCUGCAGCGGAAGUUGGCGCAGCAGCCAAGGUUCCUGUCUACCCGUACCUCGUCGAGUGUUUUUGUAACACGACCGUGACGUCCCAAGUCACAGUGAUCACAACCGACGCGUCUCAGAACACCCAAGCCGCGACAGUCGACAUCCCGUCCUGCAUCGACGAUGUUUUCGCUACAACCGGGAUUCGCUGGUACCUCAACGGUCCAUUCGAUCCAGCCAUCACGUACUGGCCAACGUCGACUCCCGUCAACUACGACGGCGACCGCAGUGCCAUCCGACUCAUUCGGCUCGGGUAUCGGUGCCAGAAGACGGCGCUAGGGGACUCGUCCUUGCUGUGACAAGACUCCCGCGUGAUGCCAUCUUCGUUAUAUAUAUAUCUGUCUAGUUAGCGUCGCUGGUGCUGCUUCUUGUACUUGAUAAAGCGCAAGAGGUUGAGUCGU